AAUGAGAAUCUUCGUUUAUCUUUUGCCUCUUCUAGCUUUGCUCUUGAUACGCUUUUCGUUCUUGAUACCCUUUCGCGGACUUAAACAAGCACCAGCACCCUAUGCCAAUUUUCAACUUGUCGAAACAUGGGCACCAACCUUUUGCUCACAACCACAUAUACCUUGUAUACAGCACUUCCCUCGAACUUUCACUCUUCAUGGCCUCUGGCCGGCUGAUGCCAACGGAAAUACUCUUCUCAGAUGUAGUACCAGUCGAAGGGACAAGGACAUUCAAACAGAGAUAAGGGCAUUAAGGUCUCAACUGCGACAAGUUUGGCCGAACAUUCGUACUGAUAUAACAGAGGAUAUCUUCUGGCAACACGAAUGGAAUGAGCAUGGCAUCUGUUCGCUAACGAGAAUGACCAAAAUGAACUACUUUCAAGCUGCUAUAAGAGAAACAAGGAGAAUUAAUUUGUUGACAAUCCUACAAAAUGCCCGUAUUGUUCCAGGUUCGCAUAUUGCUUACACCAAGAAUCAGUUCGAGAAUGCAGUGAGGAACUCAAUUGGAACAGAUAUAUAUGUUUCAUGUGCGCGUCUUAACAAUACCCAUGUUCUCUUGAAAGAACUUUUCAUUUGUUUGGAUGACACUGCAACACGCUACAUAAAUUGUCCAGCAAGUACAAGCCCAAGGGGUUGUCCACGUGCACGAGGGCCGAACAUCAUAUUACCUAGUUAAGGUUUAUCCAUGAUA